CAUUGCUUUUCAUCUGCCUCUUCUUUUCUUCUUCCUUUGGUUAUUACUGCUCUCAAACUCGUCUUGGCUACAUAGGAAGAAGCUUCAAUCUUUUACAUUUAUCCAUCGCAUCCCUUUCUGAUCUGGGUCUUCCUCUUAUCUAAUUUAGAUCAAUUUCUUCCACUGCUUCAUCGACUCUGUUGUACGUUAGAAUUACUCUCUACAACAAGAAGCCAGUCAAAGAAUUCCGCUUUUACGGUUUCCAGAUUUGUGUGACCAGAUUUUAUAAGAAUGGGCAAUCCUUGUGUUUCAGAUGCAGAAAGUAAAUAAAGUAUAAGAGAGCACUGAAGAGAAAUAAUCACCUGCAUAACACUUGAUUCACUUCUUUCUUUGGUAGCAUUGCUUUAAUAGGCACUGAGAAUUGAUUUAAGGAAUUAUUACUGAUGAAGUAUUGCCGGCGAGCGGAGUAGAGAUUUGUUGAAGAGCUAUUUGGUAGAUUUAACCGGCAAGGUCCUUUUCACUAUGGGUAAAGGCAGAGGAAAAGGAAAGAAGCAAUCUGUUGUUGCUAAGCUGGAAGAACCUGGAAUUGAAGAGGACAAAGUUUCUGCAUACAGGCGAAGUGGAAGACAACAAAAGUCACAAAAGGAUGAAAUUGUGGGAGUAGAAAAAGCAUCAGGAAAUACAAAAGAGGUGGAGACUAUGGAAGUUAAUAAUUCCAGCACCGAGGAUAAGAGAAAAAGGAAAAGAUCUGCACUAGUUAAAGAAAAGAUAGAUGAAAUGAAAGAGGAGAAUGCCAUCAGAACUGAUGAUUCAACAAAGCCUGCCGGAUUCCGACAAAAUGGAAGCAGGCGGAAAAACAAGCCUCGCCGUGCCGCUGAAGCUGGUGUAGAUUGCAACUUGCAGAGUGAGAUUUUUGUCUGAUUGUCAUGAUAACCUUAACUUAUGAGCUUUCUAUGAAGAAAUGGAAAUUUUUUAUCACGUGACAAGAUUUCCCAUCCUAUGUAACGCUUGGAAUGAUUGUUUAUCAUUAGUUAUAUUCACUUCUCUUUU